GGCACCCUAUGCUUGGUCCUUUGCAUGUCGACAAACAGCGUAUGUUAUAUGUUAAAAUUGUGGCUGCAUUCGUUGGUAAAUUGGGCUAUAUGACCCAAUGGGUGCACCCCUUGGUUAUUCCCAUCUCAGGAUUUUUAUCUCUAUUUCGAGGUGCUAACUGUUCAAUUUCUACAAAAUUACCAAUAUUUUCGGCAUUCUACGUAUGCGUAAAUCGAUUUUACUGAAGAAGCCAAUGUGAUAUUUCUUCAUGUGAUCCAUUAGGUAAGAACCGAAAACCGGCGUUCGCAUUGCAAAGGCUGCUAUAAAGAGAAAAAGUGCGUCACUUUGAAGAUAUUUGCGGUAGCUGUCCGUUGCCUGGUAUGGUGAGGCGAGCCAAAAAAAUUGUUAUAAGUGGCCAACUGAUAUUUGAGGUGAGGAGAGGCCUGGAUAAAGACAAGGACACAGACUAUCCUGAAGUGAAGAUAUGAGGCCCCUGUGAUGUGUGGAGGGAGAAGAGAAGUCUCUCAUGGCCUCUCUGCUCUCCCUCCAUCUCCCCAAGCCCAAUCCCAAUUCUCCCAUCAGAGCCUCAUCCUCCUCCUCUCCUUCCGCCGCCACCACCACCACCACCCAAGCCCCUCCACAGAGUCUUGAACAGAAGUUUGGCCGGCAAGGAAUUAAGUUCACCGAAUCCGGCGAUGUCCCCACCGUCGAGCUGAGAGUAAGGAAUGGGAGCUCGCUCCACCUACGUAUACCUGACGGGCUUAUCACAUCCUACAAGCCAAAGGUCUACUGGAAGGAUGAAGGAUUCGAGGAGGUGCUUCACACCGUUGGCGCCGGCGGGCCGGGCACCCCUAGCUCGGUGAAAGGUGGGCUUGGUUUGGUUCUCAAUGAUGUAUCAAGAUUGGAUCCUGAUGGUUCUCCUUGGAGCGCUUCCCAGUGGGCCGUGAAGGAUUCCGACUCGGAUUCCAUCGAUGCGGUGCAGGUUGAAUUGAGCUGCACAAAUGGAGAUGGCUCACUCGAUAUAACAUACAUUGUCUCUCUCUAUCCCCUCAGCAUGGCAACUGCAGUCGUCGUAAAGAAUAAGGGAGCAGAGUCUGUAAAGCUCACAAGUGCCAUAUUGAGCCAUCUCAGGUUCAAAAGCCGGUAUGGCUCCGCUGUUGAGGGUCUCAGGGGCUGCUCCUACUGUGCCUACCCACCUCUAUCUUCUAGCUUUGGUAUCUUGUCUCCAGACGAUGCUAUGGAACCUGAACCUCCCAGUUGGUACUCCUUUCUGGGUUCUGCUUUCAGCAAGGAUAAUGACAAGGAGAUCAAGGAUUCAUGGACUGUAGAGGAUGAUUUGUAUACCAUCUUGAGGGGCAAGCUUAGUCGAGUCUAUACUGCACCUCCAACGGAGAGACUGAAGCGUAUAUAUAGAACUCCACCCUCCAAAUAUACAACUAUUGAUCAGGGUAGCGGGCUUGGAUUUAGGGUGAUAAGGAUGGGGUAUGAUGACAUUUACUUAUGUAGCCCUGGUUCUUUCUCCCGAAGAUAUGGGAAGGACUAUUUCAUCUGCACUGGUCCUGCUUCAAUGCUAGUACCUGUGGUUCUGAACCCUGGGGAGGAAUGGAGAGCAGCACAAGUUAUCGAGCAUGAUAAUUUGUAAUACUUUGUUAUGAAACUGUAAUAUAAUAUCUUUGAUUUAGGGUUGGUUAUUUUCUAUUACCAACACAAAUUGUAUUUAUUGCCUCCAAUGAUUAGUAAUUGUAUUAUGGUACUGCUCUUUCAUGGUGCGACUUAGAUGACUAUAUCUUGCAACAAAAUGUUUUUUUAUGAGAAUUAUUCAA